AUGUUCAACUACACGGAUUCGCCGACGCAUACUCGCACGCCUACGGUGCGCACGAGCUGCUGGACAGAUUCAGAAAUUGUGCUACACUGGCUUUCAGCUCCCCCUCGACGGUGGAACACCUACGUCUGCAACCGAACUUCUGAGAUAUUGAGCGACUUUCCCCGUAGCUGCUGGAACCAUGUUCGCACGGAAGACAAUCCUGCAGAUUGUGCUUCCCGAGGACUUCAUCCGUCAAAGCUUCUGGAGCAUCGACUGUGGUGGAAAGGUCCGUCCUGGCUGGCCACACCCACCUCUGAGUGGCCACCUUCUACAAGCAAGUUCAGCGUAUCUUCAAGUUUCGAUGUCAACACCGAAGAACGAGCCAUAAAGCCCACGACUCUACAUAACUUUCCUGAUGAAAGUAUACACGAGUUACUCAUCCACAAAUUCUCAACCUGGACGCGUCUUAUAAGGGUAUCUAGCUACUGUCAUCGCUUUAUUCACACUCUUCGAUCCCAUCAUAGGAAUUCGGCACCAUUCCUUACGUCUGAAGAGUUGCUGGACGCACAGCGCCGACUUAUUCGACAUGUGCAACAAAAAUCCUUUGCCAGAGAAUAUGCGCAGCUAGAGAAUCGACGCCAGCUUAACGCUAAAUCGCAUCUUAUCCGGUUUUCUCCGUUUCUGGAUGAUUAUGGAGUAAUGCGAGUCGGUGGGAGAAUCGAGCAAUCUACACUCAACUAUAACGCCAAGCACCCGAUUCUGAUACCUAAAGAUACACCACUAGCUGGACUCCUGGUUCGACAUUUUCAUGUCUCCUAUCUGCACACUGGAGUUGAUGCAACGUUCACCAAUCUUCGUCAGCAGUACUGGAUUCUGGGAGCCCGCAAUCUCGUCAGAAAGGCAGUCUUCCAAUGCAAAUCCUGUUUUCUCCAACGAAAGGGCACAAGCAACCAGAUCAUGGGAGAGCUACCAAUUCCUCGAGUUCAAGCUAGCCGCUGCUUUCAACACACAGGGCUGGACUACGCUGGACCGAUCGCAAUCAAGGAAUCAAAGGGAAGAACUCCACGCAUCGGAAAGGCAUGGUUCCUCGAGUUCAAGCUAGCCGCUGCUUUCAACACACAGGGCUGGACUACGCUGGACCGAUCGCAAUCAAGGAAUCAAAGGGAAGAACUCCACGCAUCGGAAAGGCAUGCCUUUCAACGAUUCAUUGCCCGCCGAGCGAAGCCUACUGACCUGUAUUCGGACAAUGGAACUACAUUUCAUGGAGGCAAGCAAACUUUGGAUGACAUGAGACGUCUGGCCAUUCAACAAGCCAAAGAUGAGGAACUAGCAGGAUUCUUUGCCAAUGAAGGGAUUUCUUGGCACUUUAUACCCCCGUCUGCUCCACAUUUUGGAGGGAUGUGGGAAGCUGGAGUUCGCUCAAUUAAACUCCAUAUGAAACGGAUACUUGGAUCAAAGGCUUUAACGUUUGAGGAGCUCUCUACUGUCCUGACCCAAAUUGAAGCUAUCCUGAAUUCACGCCCGCUGUGCCCAACUGGGGAUAAUUCUUUGGAUCCACUGACGCCUGCUCAUUUUUUGACUGGAUCUCCGUAUACUGCAUUGCCUGAACCCUGUCGUCUGGAUAUGCAAGUCAAUCGAUUGGAGAGGUGGAAUCAGCUGCAAGCCAUGGUUCAAGGCUUUUGGAAAAGGUGGCAUAUGGAAUACCUGACAUCUCUUCAUGAGCGGACAAAGUGGCAUCUGGAAACCGAGAAUCUGAAGAUCGACUCACUGGUAGUACUCAAGGAGCCCAAUCUACCGCCCUCUAAAUGGAUUCUUGGCCGCAUCACCGCAGUGCACGCAGGAAUCGACAACAAGGUCCGAGUCGUUACAGUGAAGACUGCUCACGGAUUAUACAAACGCCCAAUUGCCAAAAUCGCUGUACUGCCUCUCUGCUGA